AUGUUGCGCUCGCCUAGCCGUUCGUUUGUGAUAGCAGUCGGCAACAUCCCUUACGAUACUACCGAGGAACAGCUGCGUCAGAUCUGUGAGGAGGUCGGGCCCGUGGUUUCCUUUCGGCUGGUGACGGAUAGGGAGAGCGGCAAGCCCAAGGGGUACGGCUUUUGCGAGUACAGGGACGAGGAGACAGCACAGAGCGCGCGGCGGAAUCUCAACGGCUACGACAUCAACGGCCGGCAGCUCAGGGUUGACUUUGCUGAGAGCGACAAGAGCGGCCAGCAAACGGGAAAAGGAGGACCUACCGCACCAGGAUCUCAAGGAUACGGGUCCGCUCAACAGCAGCAACAGCAACAGCAACAGCAACAGGAACAGCAGCAUUCCGGCCGGUACCCCUACCAGCAGCAGCAGCAGCGCCGCUCCCCUCAACCAGACCCCUCGUUAUCCCAGCAAUCGUAUCCGUCUCUCACUCAGCCCAUUGGGUUUCCUGCUGCGAUAGAAGCAGCUUUCUUUGUAGCACAAGCGCUGGGAGCGCCACCACCGGUAGUGGUGAGGAAGCCAAGGAAGGGAGAUAUGGCGACGCCGGGAGGUGGGGAUGCUGAGUCAGCAGACCCGUUGACCAAUCAGCUUGCAGGGAUGUCCAAGCAGCAACUAUAUGACCUGUUGGCGCAGAUGAAGGUGCUGAUUCAGACCAAUCGGUCACAAGCGCGGGCCAUUCUGGUGGAGCACCCGCAGCUGGCCAAAGGCCUGUUUCAAGUAAGGCCUGUUCCUUUUGUUGAAGUCUUUUUUGGUAAAGCCCUCUUCGUUUUUUAG